UUGGCUGCUUCCAGUUUGUCAUUAGCGUUUUUGUGUCUUUCGGUGUCGCAUGUACCGCUCCACAGGUACAACGGAUUUCACAGAGCACAGCGCACUCUGCCUAGACCUUUAUUAGUUAUUGUUGCUUUUUUUAUAUAUAUAUAUUAUAUUUUACACACUUUCAAUUGUCUCACCGUAUCAACAUUUCUCCGCAUGGGAGACGUGACAGCCUUAAUAAUGAGCACUCUUCAAACGUGUAAGGAACAUUUUGACAGAACCACUUCCGAACCUGUGGAGGACACGGACACCACCAGCUUCGUGGGACAACUUUCUUUGGAGGCCAAUUACCCAGUGCAAGUGACAGAUCCUCAUGAUGCUGUAACGCUCCACCUGAGCUCCAUGCCCUCCGGAUACUUGGGCACCUCCUCGGAACGAAUACGACAGCCUGUUGAAGAUGUGGAAGAAUGCACAUGUCCAACAUCGUCGUCUCCAGACUAUCCCAAGGAGCUGCAGUUGCUGAACAAUCCCUGUGAAAAGUGCUGCUGUCCCGCACCUCCUCCCAAAAUUAGUGAUCUCAUGAACGACAAAGACCUCCUGGACCUGUUGCGGCUCAAGCUGGAUCCGAACCACUGCACCAUCAAAAACUGGAAGAACUUUGCGAGUCGCUGGGGAAUGAGCUACGACGAACUGACUCUGCUGGAACACCGGACCCAGGGCUCCCUGUCCCACAGCCCGACCCAGGAGUUCCUGCUGCGCUACAACCAGAAAACAGUCACUGAACUCACCGAACUUUGCCGCUUCUACCAGCGCAUCGACGUACUACGGCUGCUGCAGGGCUGGAUAGAAAAGGACUGGCCAUCGAGAUGGCAACAGACUCAUUGACCUCGUGGUCCGUGUAUUUAUCAUGUAUUUGUUGCUUUUUUUUUUCUUUCUUGGUGGUACUUCGUUGGGGUUUCUUUCUUUCGGUCCAUUAGAUACUUCUUUUUUUUUCAUUUUAGUAAGAAAGGAAGUUAAACAUUGACAUAUGGAGAUCCAGCAGUGAACCUCGGAGAUCAAGUUUAGUAUCAACUAGACGAGAGAUUGAUAAAGUAAUGGUUGGGCUUAAUUUCUUUCUUUUUUUUUUUAUAUAUAGAUUCGGUCAUUAACACUGUACUCGUCUCUAAGCAAUACUUUAUGGUUCCAACCAAUACUCAGGAUCGGUACGGGUCCGAUAACGGCCAACAUUUCAUUUUGUCAGAUAGAUAUUAUCGGCAGUUACUCCACGUUGCAGUAUCGGUAUCCCUGGUUGGUAUUGUAGUUGCCAUGUGUCUAGUUUUGUGAAAGACUACGGCAAAAUACUCUUACGCCACCAUAAUCUAAAGGGAAACCAGAAAAUGUGUGUGUCUUCUGAUUGUUAGUGAUUGGUUAGUUUAAAUGUCACGUCGUCGUCGUCGUCAUUUAAAUCUAGAAUAUGUUUUCUUUCUUCAAGAACUUUCACUCACAGAUUUGUUGAUUUAAUGUAUUCAUAUAUGAACCAUAAAUGUUUUUUGGUUUUUUUUUACAGUCUCUGUGUUUCUCAAUU